AGGAAGAGGGUCCAGCACGUUUAAUUUACUCUCCUCAAACAGGGAUCAUGUCUGCAGCACUGUCUUCAAAUGAGAAGAAAAAUGGGCUGCUGCUUUGCCACUUUUAAGCAAUAACAGUCUUGGUAUUCCUGUCUUCCAGUUCUGUACCGCUGGGAUAACUGGGAUGUGCUGAAUAGUGAUUGGCUGUGGAUAAUUCCUCUUGUCUUAACCAACAAGUGCUUGGGACACAGUUGUGUCUUAAGUGACUCUCGUGCCUCUGGGAGAAGCAGCCAGCAGCAGGUCUCCUGAGCUUCGACUCUCACGUUCAUAACGAGUUCUGACCUGAUGCAUCGAGUGCCCUGGGUAGAAAAGCAAUUCCAGGCGCUUCCCGGCGAGCAGCGGGGAGAGAAGCUCUGAGGAAGCCCGGCCACGGGAAAGUGGAAAGUCAACUUUUAAUGUUUUAAUGUGAAGGAAAUUGAGCGAGCUCCUCGGGUGAGAUCCCGGGCUCUGGGACGCUUCGGCUCCAAGAGGCUUCUCCUUGUCUCCCUCUCGUCCCGCCGGGAGCGCCGUGUCUGGCUGGCAGCUGGGAACAGGAGAAGUUGGCUGCUGUUUUCUGCCGCCUGAUUUCCACCACACCGUCAGGUAAAUCAUUAACCCACGGGCCCGGGUGCUUGGAAAAGCUGCUAAAGAGGUUUCUUGCCCCUGAAACUCCUGUUUUCCAGGAGGAAGAAGAAUGCCAACACGAAUAUGAAGUGAAGUGACUCCUAUGCUCUGCCACGGCGCCCGGAUGCUCCUGUGGGCGGGUUAGAGACAGGCACCCGCCUCCGGCCAGAUCCUGGGACAGGAUGAAGCCAAGGAGGAGCUUCCCAGCGCUCUGGAGUGGCAGUGAGCGCUGCCCCCUGUGAGAUCCAUGCCAGACGGUGCCCCGGCUGCCUGGCGAGAUGAAAGAGGUGGUGCUGUGGUCACCCGAGGAGGUGACCAGCUGGCUGACGGAGAAUGCGGUGCCCGAGUACUGCGAGCCCCUGAGGGGCUUCACCGGGCGGGACCUCAUCAACCUGACGGAGGAGGACUUUAAGAGGACGCCUCUGUCCCGGGUGUCUUCCGACAGCGGCCAGCGGCUUUUGCACAUGAUCGAGACUUUGAAAAUGGCUCACCACAUGGAGGCUCACAAGAACGGCCACGCCAACGGGCACAUCCGCGGCGGCGGCGAGAACGGCUUCGGCAACAAGGCGAAGCUCAACGGGGUGCCAAACGGGUUCAAGAAGGAGAUGAUAAAGAUCCCCAUGCCAGAGCCGGAGCGCUCGCAGUACCCCAUGGAGUGGGGCAAGACUUUCCUGGCUUUUAUUUAUGCACUUUCUUGUUUCGUCUUUACCACAGUGACUAUCUCAGUCGUCCAUGAACGAGUGCCUCCCAAGGAGGUGCAGCCUCCCCUCCCGGAUGCAUUUUUUGAUCGCUUUGAUCGGGUGCAAUGGGCUUUUUCUAUUUGUGAAAUCAACGGCAUGAUCCUUGUAGGACUGUGGUUUGUUCAGUGGCUGCUCUUAAAGUACAAGUCUAUAAUUAGCAGAAGAUUUUUCUGUAUAGUUGGCACACUAUACCUGUACCGGUGUAUUACAAUGUACGUGACCACGCUCCCAGUACCUGGAAUGCAUUUCAAGUGUUCUCCAAAGCUUUUUGGAGACUGGGAAUCUCACCUGCGAAGGAUAAUGAAGUUGAUUGCUGGUGGAGGAUUGUCCAUCACCGGAUCCCACAACAUGUGUGGUGACUACCUGUACAGCGGCCACACCGUCAUCCUCACCCUCACCUACCUGUUCAUCAAAGAGUAUUCCCCACGGCGACUCUGGUGGUAUCACUGGCUUUGCUGGGCACUCAGCAUGGUUGGGAUGUUCUGCAUCCUCCUUGCUCAUGACCACUACACUGUGGACGUGGUGGUGGCUUACUACAUCACCACAAGGCUAUUCUGGUGGUACCACACAAUGGCCAACCAGCAAGUGCUAAAAGAAGCUUCCCAAACUAACCUCCUCGCAAGGGUCUGGUGGUACAAGCCCUUCCAGUACUUUGAAAAGAAUGUCCAAGGCAUUGUACCUCGCUCCUACCACUGGCCCUUGCCCUGGCCGGCGCUGCGGCGGGGCCGGCCGGUGAAGUACAGCCGCCUGGCCAGCGACACGUGACGGCCAGUGCCGGGGAAAGGACCUGGCCCAAGUGCUCACAACUCCCUGAGAGAAGAUGCCAUAAGAAAAAAAAAAUAAUUAUAUAAAAAAUCAACUGCUCCCUAACCCUCUCUUUUAACAGCUCCCCUCGACUCGACCCGUUCAGUUACCUGGUAAGCACUGUGAUCUUUUUUUUCUCUCCAAAGGAUCUCUGCGUUGGACAACAAUAAAGAAAAAUUUAACUUAUCGUGCACUGUUACACAUUUCUUGUUGAUAGAUUUUGGGAUUUGCAUUUGCCCAUCGCCAUGUUCCUUUGUAUAUGAUGCGACAACAUAAAUGAAAGCUUUUAUAUCAUAAGUUCUGGUCUUUCCAGUCACGUCUGGGAACAAAGCAUAUUAUUUUCUUGGGAAAACAUACUUUUCAUAUCUCUUGCCCCAAAGAUUGGGCUGUAAGCCAUUUUCUAGCAAAUGACUAUAUGAAGGUUUCUAAAUACCUGCCUUGGGUGAAAUCAAGAAAUCUUUCUACCUGUUGCACCACGCUACGAAUAAGAUGACAGACACAGAAAGGUUUGGUAAUCCUGAUUUUGUAGAAUCUGCAGUGACUGACUGUGUCAAAAAGUGCAAAAAAAAAAAAAAAAAAAAAAAAAAAAAAAAAGAAAAAAUGUAAAGUGAUUUUCUAAGUAUUUCCUAACUUUAUUUUUCAAAACGUGUAUGGAAAAAAAAAAUUAAAUUUAAAAAGAUUUUUACAUGUCAGAGAAUAGAGAGUUAAAAUUUAAAGAAAAUGCUUCUUGGGAGAGAGAGAUUUGUCUAUGUUUCUAGUGCCUUUCUUGUCUUGAUUGUAUGGUCAGUAGGCAGUCUUAAAUGUUUUUAUUUAAAAUAAAGUAUUCCAUGAAAGCAGAAUUAUAUAUACUAUAUAAUUACUAAUUUUUGCAUUUAUAGCUAAAUUAAACUGGAAAUUUACUUAUAAUGUUGAAAUUGCCAUGUGUAGGGAAAAAACCACCCCACCAAAUAAAAAGGGUCCGAUCUUGUUCACACAUUGUGGGCAGGUCAAGCUAAAAAGUAUCACUUUAUUCUUGGUAGCUGGAUUUUAACAAGUAAAACAGCCAUGAAUUCCUGUUUUUUAAGAAUUUUACAAAUGAUCACUGAGUGAACUACGUAUAGUUUCUCCAUCCCCUUUUGCAGUGUUGUUGAAAAACAACAAAGAUAAUCUAUUUCUUUAAAAUAUUUGUGCAGAAACUGCAUGUAAUUCUGAGUUUCACUCCUACCAUACAUACUGUAUGUCUGGGGAAGUAUCCUAUCCUAAACUUGCCAAUGUGCAGAACAAAAAUAGUUUUUUUUUAAAAAAGAAUGAAGAAGAGAAAAAUAUAUAUAUAAAUAUAUAUAUAUCCAUUCUGUAUUUUACGUGAAGCAGAGUUAUCUUCUGUAGGUUUUUUGUGUAUUCACAAGGUGAUAUUUGUAUUGUAAAACAACAAUGGUGAAGGAAAAUAAAAAGGCUUUUGAAACAUG